UAUACACUCAAGAGAAAUGGAUUUGGUGGUGGUGUUCGUUAUGGCCCUUUCCCUAAUGGCUGUCAGAAAAGUCCAGCCCAAGCCAGCUGAACAUUCUGCUCUCAGAAAUACCAACAGCAGCACAACUGCAGAACCAGAAACUCAGAGAUUACGUUUGAUGGACGGAGGAAGCAAUUGUUCGGGCAGGGUCGAGUUGGAAGUCAUGGGUACUUGGGGCACUGUAUGUGAUGACAACUGGGACCUGGCUGAUGCUGAAGUCGUGUGCCAGCAACUUGGCUGUGGUUCAGCCAUUCAGGCUCUCAAUGGCUCUCAUUUCCAAAAGGGGACAGGCCCCAUCCAUUUGGAUGAAGUGAAAUGCUUGGGGAAUGAAUCGUAUCUAUGGGAUUGUCUGUCUGAGACGAACCAUGAUUGUGGACACAAGGAAGAUGCCGGUGUGAUUUGUUUAG